UCCGCCUCUGAUUGGCCGGCAGCCCCCGCUGCGUUUCCUUGUUAUUAUCGCGAAAGGGGAGAAGUUGUUUUCAAACUUCUUCCUCCUGAAGAGGAUCCAUGUAAAUGAAGACCGCCAUGUCCGCCCUCGCCGGCUGCGGUCGGGCUCUGCUUGUCCUCAGUCUGUUCGCGGCGGCGGACUGCAGCUUCCCGCCUCUGGACCACCUCAGACCCGGAGCCAGCGACCGGGCGCAGGCGGCGGCGGUGUCCGCGCUGCUGCAGCGGCUGCUGGGGAACCGCUCCGCGGAGUUCGUGGUGUCCGUGAACCGGAGCCUGUCCCCCGACAGCCUGGACGUGUGCGAGCUCCGCUCCGGGAAAGGCGACCGGAUCGUGGCCGCGGGGAACACCGGGGUGGCGGUGGCCUCCGGGAUCUACAACUACCUGAAGUAUUUCUGCGGCUGCCACGUUUCCUGGUCCGGGGAUCAGCUGGAGCUCCCCAGCCCCCUUCCCGCGCUGAGCGGCGUCCUGCGCAUCAACACCCCGCACAGGUUCCGGUACUACCAAAACGUUUGCACCGUCAGCUACUCCUCGGUGUGGUGGGACUGGCCCAGAUGGGAACGAGAGAUCGACUGGAUGGCCCUGAAUGGAAUUAAUCUACCACUGGCCUUCACAGGCCAGGAAGCUCUUUGGCAAGAGGUGUAUCGCUCUCUUGGACUAAACCAGUCGGACAUCGAGGAAUUCUUCUCUGGACCGGCGUUUCUGGCCUGGAACCGCAUGGCCAACAUGUAUAAGUUUGGUGGACCCCUGCCACAGUCCUGGCAUGUGAACCAGCUUCGCCUUCAAUUCAGGAUCUUGGAGAGAAUGAGGGCUUUUGGAAUGAUCCCCGUGCUUCCGGCCUUUUCCGGAAAUGUUCCCAAAGGAAUUUUGAAGCUGCAUCCAGAGGCCAACGUCACCAGACUGGGACCUUGGGCUCACUUCAACUGCAGCUUCUCCUGCUCCUACGUCUUGGACCCCAGAGACCCGCUUUUUCUCCAGAUCGGCUCCCUUUAUUUGUCGCAGGUGGUGAAGCAGUUUGGUACCGAUCACAUCUACAACACUGACACUUUUAACGAGAUGACCCCGCCUUCCUCUGACCCCGCCUACCUGUCUGCCAUCAGUCGCUCUGUUUUUGCCUCUAUGACUGCAGUCGAUCCAAAGGCCAUCUGGCUGAUGCAAGGCUGGCUGUUCUUCAGUGAUGCUGCGUUCUGGAAGCCGCCGCAGAUUCGGGCGCUGCUGCACGGAGUCCCGCUGGGCCGCAUGAUCGUGUUAGAUCUUUUUGCGGAGACCGAGCCGGUUUUCUCUUACACAGAGUCCUUCUACGGACAGCCCUUCAUCUGGUGCAUGCUGCACAACUUUGGCGGCAACAACGGCUUCUUUGGCACAGUGGAAAGCAUCAAUUCUGGGCCCUUUAAAGCCCUGAACUUCAAGAACUCAACCAUGGUGGGCAUAGGAAUGACCCCGGAGGGCAUUCACCAGAAUCCUGUCAUAUAUGAGCUGAUGAGUGAACUGGCUUGGCGGAAGGAGUCCGUCAACCUGACCAAGUGGGCGUCCCUGUACGCAGCGCGGCGCUACGGCAGCAUGCAUGAGAGUCUGAGCGCUGCAUGGAAGCUUUUGUUCAGCAGCGUCUACAACUGCACCGUGCCGCACUACAGAAACCACAACCACAGCCCCCUGGUGCGCAGGCCUUCCUUCAACAUGAACACGGGUCUGUGGUACGACCCUGCCGACCUGUUGGAAACCUGGAAGUUGUUCAUGGAAGCAGCUCCAUCGCUGAUGUCCAAGGAGACCUUCCGCUAUGAUCUAGUAGAUGUGACUCGCCAAGUCCUCCAAGACCUCACAACAUACUUUUACCAGGAUAUCAAAGAUGCUUUCCACAGUAAAAAGAUGCCGGAGCUGCUGACGUCCGGCGGCGUUCUGAUCUACGACCUGUUUCCCGAACUCAAUCGACUGCUGAACAGCGACCGGAACUUCCUGUUGGGGACAUGGCUGGAGCAGGCUCAAUCCUUCGCCCUGGACGAGCCGGAGGCGCGGCUUUACGACCUGAAUGCCAGAAACCAGCUGACUCUGUGGGGUCCCAGCGGGGAGAUCCUCGAUUACGCCAACAAGGAGUGGGGAGGCCUAGUGGAGGACUACUACGCCCAGCGGUGGAGCCUGUUCGUCCAGACGCUGGUGGACUGUCUCAACAGCGGGCUGCCAUUCAAGCAGGACGCUUUCAAUCAAGCGGUUUUCCGGGUGGAAAAAGGAUUCAUUUCCAACGGCAGGAAGUACCCAACCAAACCCCAAGGGGACACUUAUGAGAUAGCCCACAGAAUCUUCCUCAAAUAUUACCCACAGGCCCUCAAGAGGCUAUAAGCCCCCGCCAAGGCCCGUCUGCAGGCACAGCAAAAGAAUGUUUCUGUCUUUGUCCUCCAGCACUAUCCACGUAUGGAAGCUCAAAUUGAGUUGACUAGUUUCAGUGGUUUUUAUCAAUAAACAAUCAUAUUUUUAAA